GGUGUGUGUACCUCUUCAUCCCAUCGCAACUGAAACUCCCCCUCCGACACUGACUGACAGAGGACAGGUCAUGUGAUCAGGGGUGAUCAUAAUUUCUCUCUCCGAGCCCUGAGUUGGGAGUUGGGAGUUUGUUGGCACGCUGACCACAGGGUUUUACGCUGGAAAUGAAAAGCGAACCCUCAGGAACAGGAAGUUGGAGUCGGUGAAACUCUUUUAAAUCGAGACUCGCUGCCGGUGCGGCGGCUCUCAACGUGGGCGACGGCGCUGAUAAAUGCCGCUGCUGGGUGGGAGCAGCCAGCUGACCCGGAGCCAUGGAGGGACACGAGUUCUGGCAAGUAGGAGGAGGAGGAGGAGGAGAGGCAGGACUUCACCGGCACGACUCUGCAAAUCAACGGCUCAUUCAGAAAGUGACACGGUUGUACCGAAUGGCCCAGUUUACAGUUGUGGCUCUGCUUCUGCUGGUUUCUGGAGCUCUGGCUUUGCUGAUCACAGUCGGGCUCGGAGGACGAUGUCACGUGUCACCGGACGGAGAGGCCAAAGUGUCAGCUGACAGCCAUUCAACAGAUGGCAACAUCCAACAAGGAACUGGAAGAUUUGAGGCCAGCACAGAUGUCCAGACUCCCAGUGCCAUGUUGACAGUUCAUAGAGGAAAUCAGACUGUUGGGAAAUACCUUCAAUGGGAGACUGCACACUGUGGAGGAGGCUUCCACUACUCCAGUGGAGACCUCGUGGUUCCCAGAGACGGCUUCUACAGAGUGUUCCUGCAGAUCACCUACCAGAGUAAUGGGGAACAUUGUCCUGUACUUGAGAUGAAGCUCAACAACAAGGUGUUUUGUUUCACGGCUAGUUACCCUAUUGAUACGAUUCUCCUAACAUCAUACGACACUGUGAGAUGCAGCAAAGAACUGUGGACUAAAUCCCUGUAUACGUCCGGCUUAUUUAAACUGGAGGCUAAUGCCAGGCUGCGUGUGACAGCAACUUAUCCAAAAUUUAUUGCUAGGAAUCAUUACGAGGUGUUCUUUGGUGCCGAACGUCUCCCUUAGUAAAAUGAUUGGACUGUCAGAAUCACCCAAAUAUAAUCUUGUAUGUUCUCCUCCAUGAAAACUGAAGGGAACAUACCAGUGUAGUUCACUGGCUUUCUUUUACUAUUACUGCUCAUGACACAGGUACAUUCACUGAUGAAUUUUUAGCUAGAGAAACUAAUAGUAUCUGCUUGACAACAGGGUUGCAAGGGGUUAAAGGUGUUAAAGGGUUAAAAUCUGUAUUGUUUUUAACUUAAUAAAAGCUCACAUAAACAUGCUACUGCAUUAACAGGGAUUUUAAUAUAAUAAUAAUAGCUUCAUUUCUACAGCAGCCUUAACAACAGUGUUCACAAAGUGCUUUGACAGAUUUAAAAUGCAGCACAGACAGUCAAACAAGAUAAAGGAGAAAAGUCAGAGCAGUCAAUUAAAAGAAAUAGUAUUAAUUAUUAAUUAAAUUAAUAAUUAGCUAGAUUAGCAAUCAUAGCAAACAAAGGAACUAGGCAGUUUAAAUAUAAUAUAUAUAUAUGUAUAUAAAGCACUUCUAAACAGCGUUUAGAUAUUUUAAUAGCAUUUUAAACUUGUAACUUCACAGCUCUAAAUAUAUGCUACCUUUUUAUUUUCUAUCUUUGGAUAAUAAUACACAUUUUGUCAUGAUACUAAGUACAAAGACAGUUAGUUUAAUUAACGCUCUGAGCCCCAAAACCCGCGGACGGGUAUUAAAGGCAUGGCGUUAUUUUUAAAUCACCAAAAUUACUCCAUUUAUCAUUGCAAGAAAUUGUAAUAACGGAAAGAAUUAGCAAAUUUUCAACUUUCCAGUGGCCUUUGAACUAACUGUGUGCCUUUCAUUUUUUUGUUGUAGUGAAAAAAACAAAAAAUUGUAAGCUAAGAUCAUUAUACUUCAGGCAAAUCCCUGUACUCUAACCACAUUCUGUAAAAAACAAAGAUAUUCUGUGCUCCUUGUCACAAGUGUGAAGCCAUGAUUGACUCAGCUGUAACUAGAGACACAGGACAAAAAUAAACAUUUUAUAUUGACCUUUUUGUGAUUUAUUUGCACUAUAAUGUAUCAUACUGCAGAAAAGACAUUUCUGAAUUGUCUCUGCUUCUAGCAAUAGUUGUGCUGUUUCCACAGUAAGAAAAAAGUAAUAAUCUAAAGUGAUUAAAAAUGUGACAGAAGCAUAAAAUGUCCAAAAAAGUCAUGGGGUUCAAAGGGUAAAUCAUGAGAUUACAGACUGAUAAGACAGACUAACUAAACAAUAGGCUACCAUCUAGAUCGCAAUCUUCAGGAUUUUUUGUGUGACAACUCUAAAGAACAAAUUUAAUUGCAGUCUUUAAAACAUUUUUCUUUUGACCUGUCUCCAUCUCCACGUUGGUGUGCCGCUCAUGAUAUCUGUUUGGAUUCUGUUUAAGUUUUUCCAAAUGUUUUUUUGUUGCUGUGAAAGUUUCGUCUUUCUUUCACUCAAGUGGAACAUGAGUCAGCCAAUGGUCAGGUUAAAAAAAUGAAUCAUUCCGUGGAGCUACUAUAUAUAACUAGCUGGGAACAGAGAAAAACAGCCUAAACAAAGUGUCCAGCACUGAAUCAGAAGUCUGAAUGACAAUGCUGCGGUAGUAUUUAAAGAACAGCAGCUGAGGUCAGAUUGACUCAAUGAAAAGCAGCUUGAAGAUGAUUGACCAGAUAUGCUAAUGAAGGAUUUUGUGAAUCAAAGGAACUUUGACUGAGUUGGAAAGCAGAAGUAAGAAGAAGGAUUAUAAUAGUGUCUUUCAUUAUAUUAACAAAGAUAAGCAACCUACGUGACAUGCUGACCUGGCUGCAGUAGUCAGUAUGUUUUGUAUGUGCCUUAGAAUGUGUUGCGAUAGCUAGGCAGGUUUGAAGAGUAGUAAACUGUACAGCUACCGACAGAUCAACCCAACCCACACAGACCUGCUUUCAUGACCUCACCUUUAUGAGUUAUGUCAUCAAGUAAAUAUGCUUAAAUAUGCAGAAUUACUUUCUUAUUUCCAUUUUUAAGCUUGGUUUGGAUUUUCUAGCCCCACCAUAAUUGUACCUUGAAGAAAUGUCGCAACACAUUGCAAGUCUUGUUCAUAAUCACAUUUAUAGCAACAGUAUGUCCAUGUUUGCAGUGUGCAGUUGCCUGAUGUUAUGGGUUUAACCGUGUCAAAGAGGAUCACGUCUCCAAGCUAUACACUGACACCGUGUUAUGUGUUAGCAAACGUACCUAUUGUGCUGAAUGUACUGCAAAUGUAGACCAAACAAAUGCAAUGUGAGGAACACUUUGCUGUUUGUUCUGACAGCUCAGAACUGCCUGCAUGUGUCAGUCUGAAUGCUCUGCUGUAGAUCUGGUGAAGGAGUACAAGGGGAUCAUUAUACCACUGUUGUAUUUAUGCAUGGGUGAAUUUGAACUGUUUCCUUUUUUACCACAAUGUUCAUUAUAAACUGCUGAAAAUAUAUAUUCAGCAGUUAUACCCUGAUAAAGAUGAUAGAUAUAUAUACAUGCAUCAGGGUUUUGUCUUUUUUUCAUGCUUGGUGAUGUCAUAUAAGUAUGCUGAUAUAGACUUAUUUAACAAGAUUAAAGAUUCCUUUUAUUAUUUAAUUAUUUGCUUGUGGGACACCCUGUACUCUUAAGUUGGUGCUAUGUGAAUUGACUUUUCCUACUUUGAAAGAAAUUAACAUUGUGUGUGUGUGCGUGCGUGCGUGCAUGUGUGUGUCCAUGAGUGUGAAAAUAAAACUUCAGAUAAAAACUUCA